UGCAAGCUGCAGGAUAUACAACCUCCGUAACGUGUCUACACCUGUUCAUCUGCCUACGUAGAAUCUAGAGCUCAACAAUGUCCAACGCGCAUCGACCGACAUGGACGCCCGCUAUGGGCAAGGAGACCAAAGCUGGUUCCCGGUCCUACUUCCAGCAAGACUACUCUGCUAGAACCAAGCUCAAGUUCCGUCAACCGGGUCAGAUCUCACAGACGGACGUUCAGAAGCGGGACCUCCGGGCCGAGCUGUUAAAGGCCGAAAGGGAGGCUACGGACAAGAAGCGGAAAGCAGCUGGAUUGGCUCCUUUGCCUCCUGUCGCUUCGGAUCUGCUCUUGACGGACGGAGGUGCUUCGAACGGGGACGACAAUGGAGAGGAGCAGGCGAGCAAGAGGAGGAAGAUAUUGGAGGAAGCUGCUCAGCUCGAUGCGGAUGAUGAGAGCGAUGACGAGGAUGCGGAUCAAUCGGAGAAGAAGAAGGGCAAACAGAGGGCUACGGAUGGACAGGAUGAGGAUAUGGAGGGCAACGGCGCGGCUGCAGCAGGGAACGAUGAUGACGAGGAUGACGACGACGAUGACGACAGCGAUGACGAUUCGGAUGAUGACGAGGAUGAGACAGCAGCGUUGAUGGCCGAGUUGAACAAGAUCAAGCAGGAGCGAGCAGAGGAAAAGGCACGACAAGAGCAAGAGGCUUCGGAGUCCAACCGCAUAGACAGAGAGACCGAGAUCGCCACCGGAAACCCGCUUCUGAACCUUCAAGCCGCUCUUGGUCAAAUGCCCUCUACGCCGCGAUCCGACGCUGGGACAUCGACCACCGGAAGCUUUGCCGUCAAGCGUCGAUGGGAUGACGACCUCAUCUUCAAGAACCAGGCUGCUGGAGUGGACGACAAGCCGAAAAAGGAGUUUGUCAACGAUAUCUUGCGAAGCGAGUUCCACCGCAAGUUCAUGUCCAAGUUCGUCAAGUAGAUACGAUGCUUUCCCCUUCACCUGGCUCCCACUCUCAAUAUCAUACACCCCAUACGCAUCUGGCUUUUGCGUUGCCUGUUGUACUGCUAGAGAUCUAGAGAUGAACCGACCCGGUACGGGAUGUCACUAUUUGCAUCCGAUAUCAAUAUGCCGUAACCGAAA